UGAGAACUCUGUAUAAAGCUUUUUCUCUUGACCGUUUGUCCUCCCAGGCCCGAGACUGCUUCUGAAGUCAAGAGAACUGAAUACACCCAGGAUUCCUUCCUGGGAACUGGGUACUUGUCUUUGAAGAGUCGAACGUCUUUGGAGAAGCUUGUGGCACCAGGAUUUGAGGAAGAAGGAGAGACCUAGGAGAUGAGAAAACUCACUCAAAGUCUCGGAGUGAAAGAAAUGAAGGGAAGAUUGAAGCCCUAGCAUUUGGCUUCCAGGUCCAGGCUCUUAAACACCCUGCUGUGCUACCUCCUUAACAGCCGGAGGCAACUGCUACAGAAUAAUCUUCUAUGAAUCAAGCUUUCCCUUUGUAUGCAUGAGUCCCCAAGAAAAUCCUCAAGUCUGGGUGCCCAGCAGUAAGAAGGCUCACCACUUCCAAAAGAACAGGCCAGAAGACAGGAUGAUGGAAUGAUGGAUACAGGAACCCAGCUGCGCAGCCUCCGGCCGCGGGCCUGUGGAGAGUAUGGCGGCGUCUUCAAGUGGAGAGAAGGAGAAAGAGCGGCCGGGAGGCGGUUCUGGAGCGGCCGGCGGUAACAGCACGCGAGAGCGACUGCUGUCUGCCCUAGAAGAUCUGGAGGUCUUGUCGAGAGAACUUAUAGAAAUGUUAGCAAUUUCAAGAAACCAAAAGUUGUUGCCACCUGAUGAGGAAAACCAGGUCCUGGAGUUGUUAAUUCACAGAGAUGGGGAAUUUCAAGAACUGAUGAAAUUGGCACUCAAUCAGGGAAAAAUCCAUCAUGAAAUGCAAGUUUUAGAAAAGGAAGUGGAGAAGAGAGACAGUGAUAUUCAGCAACUACAAAAACAGCUCAAGGAAGCAGAACAAAUACUGGCAACAGCUGUUUACCAAGCAAAAGAAAAACUCAAAUCAAUAGAAAAAGCAAGAAAAGGUGCCAUCUCCUCUGAAGAAAUAAUUAAGUAUGCACAUAGGAUUAGUGCAAGUAAUGCUGUAUGUGCCCCACUGACCUGGGUUCCAGGGGACCCACGGAGGCCGUACCCAACUGAUUUGGAGAUGAGAAGUGGAUUAUUGGGUCAAAUGAACAAUCCUUCCACUAAUGGUGUAAAUGGUCAUUUACCAGGGGAUGCACUUGCAGCAGGCAGAUUGCCAGAUGUCCUUGCUCCACAAUAUCCAUGGCAGUCAAAUGACAUGUCAAUGAAUAUGUUACCACCAAAUCACAGUAAUGACUUUUUGUUGGAACCUCCGGGGCAUAAUAAAGAAAAUGAAGAUGAUGUAGAAGUUAUGUCAACAGACUCCUCUAGCAGCAGUAGUGACUCUGAUUAAACACACAAAAGACAAAAUUCAUACAGAAUUGAAUACUGUGGGGGCACUUGGGUGACUUGGUUCAGCGUUGGACUCUUGAUUUUGGCUCAGGUC